CUGCAGAUAAGAAUCAAAACAAAAGGCGAAAAAAUAGAAUUUUUAUUUAAUAGCAUGCAAAAUGAGGAAAUAUUUUUGAAAUUAAAUAAAUAUUUGUCAGUAUGUUUAGCAACAAAGACAACGUGAAGCUGUACAAGCUGAACACACACACGCGCGGAUGUAACAAAUCUUACGAUGCGGAUCUGGUGAUGAAUCUGAAGGAUCAUCCCAACGCCAACGUUGGUGAUGUGGUUGAGAUCUAUGCCCAUGACGAGGAGAACGGCACUCGUCUUCUGCUCCAGAUCACCGAGUUCAAUGUGAGCUGUGGCCGGGAUGUAAUCAGCAUCGAGUCGGGCAUCGCCAAUGCCUUUAAGAUGCGUCCAUACUCCAAUGUGGUGAUGCGCAUUGUCAAUCCGGCGGAUGUGGCCCUGGACUCUAUAGAGAUAACCUUCAAAGACCAGUAUAUGGGGCGUUCAGAAAUGUGGCGCCUAAAGACUUAUUUAACGGACACUUGCGUAUAUGUUAACAAGAAAAUCGACUACAACGACAUGCAGAUCCGGUGUCAAGUGUACGAAAUGUGGUCUCAGGGCGAGCGCGUGGCCAGCGGCGUCAUUACGGAGGACACCAAGAUCGUCUUCCGCAGCAGCACCUCGAUGGUGUACCUCUUCCUGCAAAUGUCCUCUGAGAUGUGGGACUUCGAUAUUCACGGAGACCUGUACUUUGAGAAGGCAGUAAAUGGCUUUCUUACUGAGCUCUUUCAGAAGUGGCGGAAGCUAAGUUGUAACCACGAGGUGACCAUCGUGCUCUUCUCCCGCACCUUCUAUGCGGCAAAGAGCUUGGACGAGUUUCCCGUUCACAUGCGCGACUGCCUGCAGCAGGACUAUAAGGGUCGGUUCUAUGAAGACUUCUAUCGCGUGGCGAUACAAAAUGAGCGAUGUGACGACUGGUGCACGGUGCUGGGCCAAUUGCGAAAGCUUUUUACUUCCUACCAGGCAACUGUGCUUCGCUAUCACGAAAGGGAGAACAUGAAAAUUCCCCCCGCCACUAAUUCCUCUGCCACUCAGGGCAACUUUUUGGAAGUGCUGAACAUUUCCCUGAACACUUUUGAAAAACACUACCUGGAUAGAACCUUUGAUCGCACCGGACAGCUCUCUGUGGUCAUAACCCCGGGAGUGGGCGUCUUCUCCGUGGAUCGAGAGUUGACCAACAUCACCAAGCAGCGCAUUAUCGACAAUGGAGUGGGCAGCGAUCUGGUCUGUGUGGGAGAGCAGCCCUUGCAUGCGGUACCACUACUUAAAUUUCACAACAAGGAUACUACUUUAACCUCUGCCGAUGACUAUUCUCUGCCCCAUUGGAUUAAUCUAAGCUUCUACUCUACCAACAAGAAGAUUGCGUACUCUAGCUUUAUACCCAGGAUCAAACUUCCGCUUUUUGGAUCUCAAUUGUCACUUCACGGUGGUGUAGGCGAAGGAGAAGGCGAGGAGAAUGAGCGCCACUUUCUUAGCUGCAAUCAGUCGGAGUACAAGCACAACUCGCUCUUCGACUACGAUGCUUAUGACGAGCAAAUUUUCCAGCCGUUGCCCGCUCAGAGUACAUGCUCUUUGCAGCGCGUUGUGAGGGCCAAGAAGACUUCGGUGCCCAGCCUGGAGACAUAUGCUUAUAGGAAUAACGACUGGGAAAACCUUACGCCCACCCAAAUCCCGGCUAUGCGACGUAAGAUGUCGGAUCCUGACAUUCAUCACGGCACCUCUGCAAUGCUAGCGGCUUUGCAACCUGAUACCACGAAUCUCUCAGAGUCAUUGGCAUCAGAAAAGAACUCGCGCAGAACCAUUGUUAGCAUUGCACCCAUAGUGCGACCGGGACGGGCCCUGAUUAACCCUUUCGAUCCCUCUCAAGUAACCAUCAAGCUGACUUCCAAUCGACGCCGCUGGACUCACAUCUUUCCAAAGGGACCAACCGGGGUGCUUAUACAACAGCAUCACUAUCAAGCGGUGCCCGCAAAAACCACACAGGCAACUCAGCAGAGACCACUGCAACAGAUACAGAACAACAGUCAGUCCGGAGGCAACAACAACAACGAUCAGGAGGACUACGGGUGCGAGAGUGGAGAACAGUACGACCGAGUGUCUAGCCAUUCUUUGCUGAGCAAAUCAGCAUCCUCGCAAAGCUUUGUGAUGGGAGAUGAGAAGAUUGAUUUUUUCAAAAGACGUCAAAACUCACUGAUGAAUGCUUUGCCCGCCAACGUGCCCAACUUGACGGCCACCCAAGCAAAGUCGUAUCUCUGGGGAGCUACCGGGGAGCAGGAAUGGACACCAGCAAUUACCACGGUCAAGCAUCUGAGGCCAAUCGUCGAGGGCGAGCAUCAUCUGGGCAGCCAGGAGGCACUAUGGGAUGUAGACCCGCCCCCCGAACCAGAGGCGGGCGGCGGAAGAGGAAAGAUCAUCAUAGGCGUCGACUGGAAGUCGCUCACGAUCCCCGCCUGUCUGCCCAUUACUACGGACUACUUCCCAGACAAGCGUUCCUUGAAUAACGAUUAUGUAAUCUCGGAUUACACUCUUCUGCCCGAUGAUGUUAAUCAUGAUUAUGCCCAGAGUAGAGCUGUUUAUCGGAAACCCCUUUCCACGGAGGAGGUGUGCAAGGAGAUCGUUUCGCAGCGCUUGGCUCAGGGCUUCCAGCUUAUCGUGGUUGAUGAGAAGCCACUACCUGCGGGCGGUUGCUCCUCUGGAUCUACUGUGCUGCCGGUGAAGCCACCAUGUGAGAUUAACAAGGAAUACCUGCUCUCCAUUGGUCGCAUAUUCCAUAAGAUCUCGCUGAUCGGCUCGGUGAUCACGGUCACUGGCUACAGACCCAGACACCCGUAUCCUCCCAUAAAUGUGGACUACCGGUACCGCUUCCAUGCACCACAACACGAGACGUACGAAAUCUCUGGCGUGAACUUCACCACAGAGAAACUGGAGAACUUCAACUGGAACCACAUGGAUUUGUACAUCUGUACGCGUGGCGACGUUGAUUACCCACUAAUGGAGAGCCUUAAGUACUGGCGCUAUCGCAUGUACCUGUUGCCCAGGGAGAACAUUGUGAACAAGAUUGCCAGUUGCCAGCGUUGUGACAUAUUCCCGGAUGUGACCGCGGAUAAUACCCGGGAACAGGUCGAGGACUUCGUCCGACUGAUCGAAGCGGUCAGCAAGCUGAAGCGCCAGUUUGCGCGCAAGGCGAGAGACAGCCCCAUCGCCCACAUAACCAAGCGGAGACACAGCACCAGCAUUAUAUCCAGGCCUCAGCCUAACCAGGGACUUACGAACUCUCCGUUCCGGGAGAGAGUCGGCAGUAAUCGACUGCCGGAGAAGCGACCCAGCAUCAAUGUGCGUCCAAAGCUGGAAAAUGGUCGGAUUCCGCGUAUAUUUCCCGCCACCGAUGCAGUUGCAGCAGCAGGAAUCGCCGCCAGAGAUGACCAGGAUGAUGGUUUCCCCGUUGACAUUAAGUUCAGUCCGAAUGCCACGCUAGCCGAGAUCUUUGAGGCCAUGAAGCAUCCAGUAACUGGUGUGGGCUACUUCUCCCAGACCCAGUCCUUGCCUUCCUGCACCUUUGUGUCCUACGAUGCACUGAUGUGGUUAAAAACCCGCCUGAACAAUGGACGACAUCCCCUGGAGUUGCUGGAGGCCAUGCGCAAGGAGCGCAUGAUCUGCCAUGCUUCAGGUGAUUGGAAGAAGUCUGUGGUGCCUGGAUUUGUGUUCUACUAUGUGGUGCAGCAGGAUAAGAAUGCCAAAGAUUUUGCACCGCCCUUGGGUGACUACAGCGCCUUUGUUAACGAGUGGCUAGAGAUUGAGUUCCAGGGAUGCAGCUUUCUCUGGCAUGAUGAGCCGGUGACCACCCCAGUGCCUAAUUUCCUGAGGGAUUCACCCGCUCCACAGUCCUGGACAGAAACCUGCAGUAACAAGCGUGUCUACCGCCAGUCGCAUUUGGAGAUCGAUGUUAAUCAGAAGAGUGAUCGGAUGGAGUGGGGUCAUGUCAAACACCACACAGUGCUGCAGCCAAGAUUCGCCUUUGAAAUAGUGGUCGAGUGGGUUACCUCGUCAGGUCCCAUAGUAGCUGAUUUGAUUGGAGGAUGGAUGCGAAAGGCAAAUCAGUUCAAUUUUCUGGUAUCGGUGCCGGCAGAUCCUAUGGCGGAGCCUUUCACCAAGAAGUCAGAUCCUCUGCGAGGACCCAUUUUCAUUCCGCUUUGCACGACAUUCCUGCCCAAUGGUGUUCCUCUUUUUGAUGAAUUUCCCGAGGAAAGUAGAUCCGAUCGUAUGUUGUUCUUGCAGGAGGCCAUUCUGUCCAAGUUUGGAUUCUUACCUUGCGUAUUGGAAAAAAAAUUUAGCGUCGGCAAAGAUCUGCCCAAGGAGUAUCAGUAUGUGCACUGUACGGGCAACAUGUUUGCUUUAAUACGUUGCGCUACUAACAAUUAUCAGGUGGAGUCUCCCAUUCUGCAGAGGGCAAAUGUCACACGUUGCGUCUAUGGGCACACGAACAACACGAAUGUACCUAAGAAAGUGGGUUUUCUAUGGGCCUGGAAUCACAUGAUCCCGAACAAGAAAUGGAAGGCCCAGACUAUCAAUAACUCCGCGGAUGGUGAGCUUUUCCAGUUAAAGAUGCUGAAGGACUUCCGUGAAUUCUGCUCGAACAGCGAUCAGCGCCUGUCCACUUUCUGGACGCAGUCCCAAGAACUGAAACGCAAGGCCCAGAAGUUUGAGAAUAACAAUAACAACACCGAUGAGGUAAAGCUUAAAGCUUAGCAAACGAAGUAACAAGUGUACAUAACAAUAUUAAAACUAUAUUCAAAUUGGAUCGAAUACAAGCUUAAGUUGUAUUAUGAAAAUAAUAGGGUUGCGAUGUGGUAACCAGAAAGAUAUCACAAUACCAGACAAUGGUAUGAUACGGUACUAGCAUCCGAAAUUUUGAAAUAUAUUUAUAUAACAAA